GGGGGAGGGGCAGGAAAGAGGGCUAUAAGGGCAGCGGCCGAGGCGGGCGGGAUCCAGGCGGGCCAUGGCGGAUGUCCCCGGGGCACAGCGAGCGGUUCCCGGUGGCGGCCCAGAGCCCCGGGACCCCCUGGACUGUUGGGCCUGCGCUGUUCUUGUAACAGCCCAGAAUCUGCUGGUGGCCGCCUUCAAUCUUAUCCUGCUGGCGCUGGUGCUAGGGACCAUCUUGCUACCCGCUGUCACCAUGCUGGGCUUCGGCUUCCUCUGCCACUCUCAGUUCCUGCGCUCCCAGGCACCCCCUUGCACCGCGCACCUGCGGGACCCCGGUUUCACGGCGCUACUGGUCACUGGAUUCCUGCUCCUCGUGCCGCUGCUCGUGCUUGCUCUGGCCAGCUACCGCCGCCUCUGCCUGCGCCUCCGCCUAGCCGAUUGCCUCGUGCCCUACAGCCGAGCCCUUUAUCGGCGUCGGCGCGCCCCGCAGCCGCGGCAAAUCCGGGCCUCACCAGGGUCCCCGGCCGUUCCCACAUCAGGAAAGGUCUGGGUCUAAUGACCCUCGAGUCAAGAACAACCCUGACGGCUGCCCUCCCUCUUAUUCGGCCCAAGGACUUGAAGCCCGGCAUCUUCCGACCUGCCCUGCCCCCACCCCUGCCUGAGCGGAGUCCUAGCAUCCCCUUGGGAGCAGCAGCGUCAGUGGACCCAAUGCUGAGGAAAGCCCCCACAUCCCGGAAAACCCACUUUCCUUUCACUACCCACAUCUCAAUCCUGAACAUCUGGGCUGGAACCUGCACACCUCUCCCUCAGCCCCGUCGUAAAUGGGACAACAAUCUCGUGCCCUCUUUUUAUGGUGCAGCUCCUCCAGUAUUUCCGGGGCUGGGGGGCGGGGCUGGAGGGGAAGGAGUGUCCACGCAUCAAUAAAGAUUUAACGAACUGAACGUGCUCUGCGAACAGAGAAGUGGCACAAGUACUAUCACCCCUGCCCUGUGCCGAGGAACAGGAAACAUGUGCCAGGGCUACAAAUGAGCAGAGAGGAGCAUCCUUCAGCCCCCCUGGCCUUAUCGCUUUUGUCCGUUCUUCCUGGCCAGACCUCAGAGAUCUGUUCCUGACCCCAGGCACCUCCCCAUCAAUAGAGUGGAGGGGGCCCAGCCUCGGCCGCCUGCCCUUGCUCCCCUUGGGGACCUGAGCCCGUUCUCUGACCCCAGCUUAGAG